GGAUUUUCUCUGUUUUGCUUUGGAUUCUUUUUCCAGUGAAACACCAGCCUCUUCAAAGGGAAGUGUGGCAGCUGAGAGAUCUAGAAACUUCAGAUUACAGAACUGGUCAGUGAGGCUCCAGGUUUCAUCGUCAACUGGCAUAAAAGAAGAAGGGUCCAGAGGUCUCGGAGAAACUUUAUUUUCCCAGGGAGCGAGUCCUGUGCAGAGAAAACCAGGACCAUGAGGAUUGUCCCCGUUUUGGUUUGGAUUCUUUUCCCAGGCUGCUGGGCAGUGACAGGACCUGGCACAGCGCAUGGCCAGCUGGGUGGCUCGGUGUCUGUGGAGUGCCAGUAUGGGGCAGGCUAUGAGGCUUUUCCGAAAUUCUGGUGCAAACGCAAAGUUGUGCUGUGUUUCAAUCACCUCAUCUUUGAGACAACAGGGUUGGAGGCUGAGGAAACAUGGGGCAGAGUCUCCAUCCGUGACAAUCACACCCAGCGCGUUAUCACAGUAACCCUGGAGAACCUGACGCUGGCAGAUGCGGGGACUUACCUCUGUGGGGUAGCCAGGAUUGGCCUCCCUAAUCCCAGGGACUCCGUCAAAGUCAUCAUCUCCCCAGCUGCAGCUCUUCCUUCUUCAAUCUCAACUGAAAAGGCACCACAGGCAACAGACCAGCCGGCUGCUCCUGCCUUCACAUGGAUUUCCACUGGAAGCCACGUAUCUAGCCCAUUUAUGGCCUCAAGUAACAGCUGCUUGGACAGAAGUGACAUCCAAGCACAAACCCAACCCAACAUCCUCUAUCCCUUGUUCCUGAUUGUUCCCAUCUUCCUGUGCAUAGUCUGUGCUGUGAUCUGGGUGAGCAUACAGUACAGGAGGAAUUCCAGGGAGAUGGUGCCAAAUAGACACGCUGAGGAAUUACCCCUCUCCCAGCUAAGGAAUGGGUCAGAAUCCACAAGAAAAGAAUGCAUCCCUCAGCUCUGCCCACAGCAUAAAUCCAUGGAGGGAGUCUGACUUUCCUCUCAUGUAAACAAACUAUUUUCUCCACAUUCUUAGGGGACAGUCUCCUGCAGGUAUCUGUCUCUGUGGUUCCCAUGUCUAGGCUUAGUUCAGCAUCAUAAACACAAUGAAUGGCUGGCAAGAAAAAAGAGGGAGGUAGAUGUUCUUGCAGCCAACUUGGGUGGCCCAGCGCUGAUGGUGCUUAAGAAUUUACCCCCAGAAAAAAAGAUGGAGUUUUCCAAACCUGGCACAAGCCCUUGACACGUGGUUUGAAGCUAGCCAUCAAUCUGAGCUGGCUUGGACACAGCUAAGAGCUAGGAGAGGGAAAGAAGUAACCUCACCAGAAGUGGAGGAGGACCUGUGGAGACUGGCAUUCCUGACAUACUCAGCUAGCACUGUGGCCUUCCAAGAUCAAUUGGCAAUGGACCAUUUAUAGAUGCUCAGCAGGACUUGGACUUGACGAUCAAGAUGAACAAAAGGAGGCCAGAGACACUCCAACAGGCUCUGGGCUUAGCCACAGAGUGUGAAUCUUUUCUUGGAGCACUGCACCAGAAGAGGAAGCAGCUGCUAAAGAGGAAGGUGACUGCCAUGCACCCUAUAGGUGCAGCUUUGUGUUUAACAAGUACGAUGGAGAAGGAGAUUCUAACCUGCUUGAUGACAUUUUUGAACAAUU